AUAACCUUUCAUCCUUCGUCUCAAGGCCAGGCGAACAUAUUUUAAAUAUUUCUAUGUUCACUUUCACAUUAUUUCAGCAACCAAAAUGCAUUUGUAAAAAAUGUUAAGUAAAAUGUGAGGCGCCACAAAAAAAACUUCUACCGUUAUUAAAAUGGUGAUUAAUGUUGAUGCUUUUAAUUUGAAAUGUAACCGAAAGGUCUUUGUUAAAUGGAUCCGCGUUUAGUUGAAACAGCACUUUGAACACUUUUUAAAAAUGUAAAUGCAUUAAAAAAAAUACUGUAGACUGUUUAUAUAAAUUAUUGUCACGGACGCCGCCAUGUUGUUUACGCUGCAAUGCAUUCUGGGUGUAGGACGUAUGCUAGGUGUUGCGCAGCUAGCUGUUGAGCCCGGGAGCUAACAUAAAAUAAAACUGAUAAAGGAGGCGAUAUGGAUGAAGAUGCGGGGAAAAAAUCACAAAAUCUGUAGUUUUUUAGCUCCGCCCCCUGCAGGUGUCUUCUCUCCCUGUGGUCCCAGCCUCAGUCUCACCUUUCGGCCUGCAGCCAUGCUGGAUGAGGCAGUCGGACUCGGCGCUGUGACCGUACUGGGAGUUCUGGAGCAAGCUUAUUUUUCCCUGCAGGUCAUUUAUGCCAGGAGGAAGUAUUCGGUGUCUCCGCCCUGCAUCAGCGGGCCGCCGGAGUUCGAGCGAAUCUUCAGAGCCCAAGCAAAUUGUUCAGAGUACUUUCCCAUCUUCAUCACCAUCCUGUGGAUGGCCGGAGUCUUCUUCAGCCAAGGCCUGUCCAGCCUCUGUGGUCUGCUCUACCUUUAUGGACGGCUGUGUUACUUCUGGGGUUACGCCGAGUCGGCUCAGGGACGUUUGGCUCCGCUCUACUUCAGCGCUCAGGUUCUGUGGGUUCUGAUCGGGUUCUCGGCCGUCGGCGUCUUCCUGUCGUUCUGCCGGGUUUACCUGGAGUUGGAUCUGCUGCAGGCUCUUGGCCACGCCCUGUUCUGACCCGGAGAGAACGAGGUUCUGCUGUGUGUUUCUGUUCUGGUUCGGAAAGCGUUUCCCAACUGCUGUGAAAAUGAAAACGGGUCAUUAAACAGAACCGCGCUGUUUCUUCAUUCA